AUGGCACGGAUGAUUGGCUCGCUGCUGCUGCUUUGUGGGCUGCAGCUGGUGGUGGGAGAUGUGUGCCCCGAUGAUGUGGAGGUCGACCUUUGUGACACCAACCCUGGAGAGUUCUCAGGAUCCAUGGGCAUGACUCCCAACCUCACGUUGCUGCUCAUUGUGCUGGCGUUUGCCCUGCCGGGGCGCGCAAAGUCGUGGGCUUUGCUGCUGCCAGCUGUUGUGCUGCCAAGCGCGGUGGCCGGGCUCAGCUGCGGUGAUGUCAAGGAGUUCUACAAGACAAACCAGUGCUGCGGCUCCGCAACGAUGAAAGAGCUGGGCACGUACCCGGGCGCACCGACCUGCCCCUACAACUUCCAGAAGCCGGCGUGCUCCAUGGCAGGGCCCCAGACGCCACGCGACCUGACGGCCAACGCCCCGGGUGACAAGGUGCCCAAAGCCAUCACCCUCACCGACACGCAGGCGAAUUCGCUGCCGCUGGUGAACGUUCAUUUCCACCUCGGCGCGGAGCACAAGUCGGAGGCCUACUCCGACGGAACGGACUCGGACGCCUUCGACGCUGGCCGGCGCUUGGCAACGACGGGCACGGUGCGACCGGGCUGGAUGUGCCCCACAAGCAGCCUGAACAGCACACAGCUGCAAGCCUACACCUUCCAGUACUGCAAGGGUCAAGUGGAAGUGGGCAAGUCCUACGAGAUUCAUUACGUCCACUCUUCUGCCGGCAUGGACGCCAAUGACACGGAUGACGUCAAUGCUGACAGUCUCUCAGAUGGCUUGGGAGGUGCUGCAAACGGCCGCGGCCUCUUGAACCCUAUGAUCGUGGUGCAAGGGCAGAUCUUCCAGAUUGUAAACGGCGCAGCCACAGUUGAUGACAUGCUGCAUGGCUGGACCGUUGUUGGCCACACCGACUCUGUGAUGUACUCGGGCUCAACCACUGGAACCUCCCAUGACAACUCCGUGUGCUCGCCCUACGCGAUCACGUGGCACGUGGACAAGGCUUGCCACCAGGUAUCUCCGGAAUCUUUCGACAACCUGUGCAAGCAGAUGAAGGAGAUGUAUGGUAUGGAUUCGGACUUGUAUCCACAUGGCUCCCGAAUCCUGGUCGACAAGCAGUACGUCGUCAAGUCCGAGUUUGUGGUGCCUCUGAGCUGA